AUGCAAACAAGAAAUUUAAAUAGCACAAAGCUUGAGCAAAUAACAUACCUUCCUGAAGAAGAAGAUAUCUUAAUUUGGCAUUCAAAGAGCUUGGAAAGUAAAGAAAAAAGAAAUCUCGAAUUAAAGCAUUCUUCAAAAAGUAAGAAGAAUUUUAACAAUGAUUUUAAAGAACCACCAAAAAUUAUUCCUAGCUCAGAUACUGAGAAGCAAACAAGGCUAAUUAAUAAGUUCCAUACAAUGCCAGAGGAAUCAAAGAGCAACGUCUUUGAUCGUCUUUUAGAUCCUAAACUUUACACUGGUAUGCACAGAUACAGGUUUGACAAAGAUGGAAACGGAUUAGGAAAAGCAGGGAGAGAAUACAUAUACAGAGAGGACGGAUAUACUGAGAGCACAAAGAGAAAACAUGAAGUUCUUGGCUCUCCAAUUAAAAAACAUUCAUAUACAAGUAUUUGUAGUAAUGAUUUCUUACAAAAAGCCAAAGUUAUUUGGCUUUAUAAAAAUGGAGAUAAAUAUGAUAAAGGAACCAUUUACUAUGUAAAACCAUAUAUCAGAAAUAUGAACCAGCUUUUUAAUGAAAUUAACAGAAACGUCAGACUUUUAGGCGGGCCGGUCAGAGUAUUAUAUGAUCAAGGGCUAAAGCAAAUUAAUGGUGUGUCAGAAAUUGUGGAUGGAGCAAAAUAUUUGUGUACUUCCGGAGAGCAACCAACAUCAAUUGAUAAGUUGGAAAAGUUUUUGAGUUAUUGGAUUAUCAAUAAAUGA